AGCGUUCAUCAUCAUUCGCCAUCAUUGGAUUCGAUCAUUCAUCAUUCCAUUUUUCUCUCAAAUCCCAGCACGGCAAUUUCCGCUUUCGAUUCUCUCUCAAAAUUAUCAAUGAACAAAAGUUGUUGCCUACAAUCCUCUUCACUCAUUGAGCGGAGAAAGCUAUGAAGAAGAUCUCUAAAGUGCCGGCCAUGGACAGCCAAGCUCGUCUUCUUUUCCCCAUCCAUAUCCAUCACUCCAAAUGCUUCUCAUCAUCCCCUUUUCCUCAAAUUCCAAACCCUAAUUUUCUCCCCCAAAUCGAUGGGCUGCGCGCAAGCGAAGCAUUCGAUGAAUUCACCUAAUGGGGGAAUUCAGAGCCUGAAAUUGGAAAAUGGGUAUGUUGGGAUUGGGGAUUUUAAUGCUCAUCGGAGGCCAGCGGCGCAGAGGAGAUUUGUCAACAGGGAGGCCUCUGAAGCAGUGAACUCCCACGGUUGUGAUGGCGGCGGCGGUAAUGGCGGAUUAGGUUUAGAGAAGAGUGAGGUGGUGGUGGAUGGAUGGCCCAAAUGGCUUACUAGCAAUAUUCCUAAGCAUGUGUUGGCUGGCUUGGUUCCCAAGAGUGUGGAGGCCUAUGACAAGCUUGAUAAGGUAGGCCAAGGAAGUUACAGCAAUGUGUACAAAGCUCGAGAUAGGGAAAGUGGAAGGAUUGUUGCCCUUAAGAAGGUCCGUUUUGAUACAACAGAGCCUGAGAGUGUGAAGUUCAUGGCAAGAGAAAUUAUGAUAUUACUGAAAUUGGAUCACCCCAACAUUGUCAAACUUGAAGGAUUGGCCACCUCAAGAAUGCAGUUCAGUCUUUAUCUUGUUUUCGAGUUUAUGCAGACUGAUUUGGCCCGGGUUAUUUCUCGCCCCGGAGUACGGCUUACGGAGCCUCAGGUCAAAUGCUAUAUGCAUCAGCUACUCUCUGGUCUGAAGCAUUGCCAUGAUAAGGGGAUACUACACCGUGAUAUCAAAGGAUCAAACCUGUUAAUCGACAAAAACGGGAUGCUGAAGAUUGGUGACUUUGGUCUUGCCAAUUUUUUCGGUCCAAAGAUACAUCUUACAAAUCGUGUUGUGACACUUUGGUAUCGAGCCCCGGAGCUAUUGUUAGGUUCUACAGAUUAUGGAGUUGGCAUUGAUCUAUGGAGUGCUGGAUGCCUCUUGGCCGAAAUGUUUACGGGAAGGCCGAUUCUGCCCGGUCGAACAGAGGUUGAACAACUCCACAAAAUUUUCAAGGUAUGUGGAACACCAUCUGAGGAAUAUUGGAGAAAACUCAAGCUAUCACCGAGUUUCAAGCCUCCGCAGUCGUAUCGACCUAGUCUCCGAGAAUCGUUUAAGCAUCUGCCGUCCUCGUCUUUAGGUCUCCUAAGCACUCUACUUGCUUUAGAGCCUUCAUAUCGCGGUUCUGCGUCGUUAGCUCUCGAGAAUGAAUUCUUUUACACAAGCCCAUUGGCAUGUGAUGUUUCGGGUCUUCCUGUUAUCCAUAGUGAGCCCGAUGAACCGAAUCAAACGAAUCAGCCGAAAUCAAUUUACAGGUCCAAGAAUCCUAAAGCGACAAGGCGUUCUUCUACACACCAAGGGCGUCGGAGGAAAGAUUUAGCUGCUGAAAAACCAAAAGAGUCGAACAUUCGCAAACAGCUUUCACAGCAAAUGGUCGAUGCUGACGAACAAAGUGAAGAUCGAGGGAGUACUACAAUGAGCACCUCCUCGAGUGCUAACACGGGAGGGAGAAAAGAGAGUACUACGACAAGCACCUCCUCAAGCGUUAACAGGGGAGGAUCAGGAAAGGGGAGCUCUAACUUCUUGCCAUCUCCAACCACAUCUAAUAAGAAACCGUCGCGAACCGAAGGCCGUCUUGAGGCUACCAACAACCUCAAAUUGCCUCCGUUACCCAAGUCGAGAAGAUACUCAACCUUUAACAUCGAAGACCGUGAUACACAUAUGUCUGGUCGGAUUCGGAGGUCGGUCUCAACCAGAGAUUUCAGGAACUUGGGGCGAAAAGAGCAUUUGAAACUAUAUGCUGUUGAUGAUUAGGCUUAUGUGUAAGAUCAUAUACUCCUUUUAGCUAAUUUUUCUUUUCUUCUAUGAAUUAAUAUUAACUGAAACUGAAAUAAUUGGCUGAGCUUAAAUAGAGAGCAAAGCCUUGAUGUUA